CAUGUGCAGUGUUCUGUGUGCAUUCGUCACCCCUGUGAAGAAAGGUAAGGCUUCAGUUUCACAUAUUCUCCUAUUAGAAACAGCAGACAGUGGUGACAGGAGUGUGGCUCUGUGAGAGCAGUCAUGGAUGGGAGUCUGUUUGUGCUGCUUCUGCUGUCAGGGCUCUUCUGGAGCAGUUCUGCUCUUUCUCGUCAGUAUCACUAUAUAAAUGUGAGAAUGUCGUGGCCAGAGGCUCAGAGUUACUGCAGAGAGAGAUUCACUGAUCUGGCUACUGUAGACAGCAUGGAUGAUGUGAACAGGCUGGUAAAUAUAGUGGAUGCUGGAUACAGUGGAUCAGUGUGGAUUGGAAUGAAGAGGGGGACACAGAAACGCUGGGGUUGGUCUAAUGGAGAAAACACAACUUCUCAGUACUAUAACUGGGAUUCAGAACAGCCAGAUGAGGAUGGGGAUUGUGUAGCUACUGUUAACGGUGUUUGGCAUGAUAUGUCAUGUGCUAAUAAGCGAUAUUUUGUGUGCUAUGAAAAUUCUGGAUACAACAUGAUACAGAGCCCUAUAACCUGGAGUGAUGCUCAGAGUUACUGCAGACAGAAUUACACAGACCUGCCCACCAUCAACAACUCUGAGCAAAAUAACCAGAUAAAUAAGAUUCUUUUAUCUGGAUGUUACAUCUGGAUUGGUCUGUUCCGGGACUCUUGGGAAUGGUCUGAUAAAUGGAGUCUCUUCUUCAGACACUGGGCAGCAGGUCAACCAUCCCAGAGUUCAGGAUCUGAUGACUGUGUUGGUAUGUCAAGAACUGAUUCUGGAAAAUGGACUCAAUACAGCUGUGAUCUACAGCAGCCUUUUAUCUGCUAUGGAGAUGAUGAAUUAAUUAGAAAUCAGAUUGUCCGACUGAAAUUGACCUGUAAUGGAAAAUGCUCAUUGAAUGAUCCUUUGCUACAGACGGCCUUUCUGAAGCAGAUAAGUAAAAGGCUGAAGAGCAAGGGACUGGAAGUGGAAAGAAAAAUAAGCUGGAGAAAGAGUGAAGGUGGAGAGGUGUUUCAUCAGCAGAGCAACCGUACAUAAAAUUAUAAUAAUGAAAGUGAUAGACAGUAAUCUGUGUACCCAUUUAAACAUAUUAAAGUGUAUUAAAGAUGCUUCAGGAUUGUCAGCAUAUUUUAGAAACAAUACAUCCUGUAAAUAGAACAGAAGAAUGCAUGGAAGUACACAAAUACAUUUUAAGAAAGAAUGCUGAGAAUUUAUAUUGAAUGUGCGAGACUUUCAGUUCAUUAACCUUUAGGCCAGUACACAU